GGGAGAAGGAGCCCUCUUGGAGCAAGUGAAGGGAAGAGGUAUAUGGUCAAAGUGAGAAAACAGGGAAAACUUCAGAGUGGGUUUGAAAUUGAAUUGCUCUCAGCUGUGCAACAAAAUCCAUAGAAACAUGUGCCUGCAAUUUGGUAGGUCAACAAAUGUGUACAAGGGCUGUCUGAGCAGUUUCAGGUCACUACCUAGGAAAGGAAAACCAAACCACUGAGUUUAUUCUCUUAGGACUUUCCAGUGACCCACAGCUCCAAAUUUUACUGUUCUGCGUGUUUUUGGUGAUAUACCUAAUCACCCUAGCAGGGAAUGCUGCCAUCAUGUUGGUGAUAAGAGCUGACUCUCAUCUUCAUACCCCCAUGUAUUUCUUCCUGUCUCAUCUAUCCAUUGUCGAUAUCUGCUAUUCCUCAGUCACUGUCCCGAAGAUGCUGGCAAACUUACUAGCAACGCAUAAAUCUAUUUCUGUUAGUCUUUGCUUUACCCAGAUGUUCUUUAUACUUCUUUCAGGUACUUGUGAAUUAUCCAUGCUCUCAGCCAUGGCUUAUGACCGCUAUGCUGCCAUAUGUAGCCCCCUGCAUUAUGCCAGGACUAUGAACAAAAGGGUGUGCAGGCAGCUAGUGGGUGGAUCCUGGACAAUAGGUCUCAUGUAUUCACUUGUUAACACGGUUCCUGUAUUCAAGUUGCAGUUCUGUGGGUCCAAUAAAAUUGGGCAUUUCAGCUGUGAGCUUCCCCCACUACUAGCAAUAUCCUGCUCUGGGACAUUCACAAACAAAAUAGCUCUACUUUCUUCUGCUGUCACCCUUGGUAUUGGCACUUUCCUCCUCACAUUGGUUUCCUACAUACAUAUCAUCUUCACCAUCUUGAGGAUACGCUCUGCGGAGGGUAGACGUAAAACGAUCUCCACCUGCAGUUCCCACCUCAUUGUGGUGGGUUUAUGGUAUACAGCAGGUUUUCUUCAGUACAUGAAACCCAGUUCCAGUUCCUCAGUGAUCCUUGAUCAAGUUUUCUCCAUCCAGUACAGCAUCUUAACCCCCAUGUUAAACCCCAUCAUCUAUAGUCUAAAAAAUAAAGAAGUAAAAACAGCCUUGGGCAGAAUUUUCAAGCAAAAAAUCAAGUUCUCGACUCAUGUAAAUAGAAUACAAUGGUAAACAGUUAUUUUCAAUAUUUUUAAUGAAAAAUAAUUUCUCUUAAAAAUACAGAAGUAUGGGACUCAAAGUAUUGGGACGUUCUGAGCACAUGUUCUUGGAUGAUGCUUUAACACAAAUGGCAAUGUAUUUUAUUCUAAAAAUAUCAAAAUAUGGCAUGCCAGUGAAUGCAUAUAAUAUGACAUUAUAAGGACCAGCACAAGUGUUUUAAUGAGACUUUAAAACAUGGUUUAGAUCAAGUUAAUUUAUUUCAAUGAAGCCUGAAUUUAUCUUUACUUUAAAUCUAUUUGGAUGUCAGUUCAAUGAACAAUUAACUCAAUAUACUGUAUAAACCAAACACCUGUACCAGUAAAAUUGGCUCUGGAUAGAUCCCAGAAUAUGUUUAUCCAGUGGUUUAGUAAUCAGCCUCUGAUCUCUGGAUGAUAAAUGUAGGGGAAUUAAAUUCUAUUGCAUUAAAAUUGAUCGGAAACACCUUGUUCCUGAAGUACUUGAAAAAACGUAUUUUAUAUCCUACCUCACU